UACGAACUCUACAGUCUACUCAGUGCUGAAUAUUACGCAUACGCCGCCUGGUACGCAUUUAAAUUUUGUUGUGCAUUAAUACGUGUAUUGCUUAAAAAAAAAACCAAAAAAUAAAGAGUUUAGGCGCGCUCGCUUGUUAGUGAAAUUCCUGACCAUUUUACGAUGCCAUGCCGUCUGCCUGCCCGCGGUAAUUGAGGCUCCAGGUUGAAAAUCGAGAGGAGGUUUCCUGCGACGCGCGCGUGAUAAAAGCAAAGCACAUAAUUUAAGUGCCGCUCAGUCUACAGCUUCAAAUAACAGCAGUAGCAGCAUUAAAAGUGCGUGCCGGCGAGACAUUUGUCCAGUGGUACGCCAUGUGGCCGCUUCGUUUCACGUUCCCUGUGAAGCGCUGCUGGAGCAGCAGAAGUAACAUCAACAGCACCGACAACAGUCGCCACAGCUCAGGGCAAUGAAUUGGAGGCAUUGCAGGCGACAGAGAGAGGCACGCUUACCCACACAGAGACAGAGACAGCGACAGCAACAGCAAUAGAGACAGAGAGACACUGAAUGCACAGCAGGGGGGGCAUGCAACUUAAAGUGCUCGCUCAGUACUGGCUGAGUGCCACAUAGCAAGCAGUAGCAGCAGCUGCAGGAGCAGGAGCAGCAGCACAAGUCCAAGUGGAAGUUGAAGCUGUGGAGACGACAUAUUUAGACGUCUAUAGCAAUAUAAACAAGAGCUUGGACGCCGCAAGCUCUCGUCGCACGUCAUGUUGCGCGAUAUCUUUCUGUAUUUGGUUCUAAUCGUUUUAUUUUGCUUUAUUUUCAUGGCGCAGUUAAUCGUCAACGUUUACGCGUUUCAACGUCAGCCGACUCCGGCACAAAAGUCAGAGCGCAACGAAAUUAUAUUUGUCUAACAGCAACAGCAACAGCAACAAGAAAAAGGAGAAUAUAAGAAACCAGAGCCACUAAAAGCAGCAGAGCAGUAGAAUCCGUGGUAGAAGACAAGGAAGGCAAAAGUCAAGCGAUGGCAGCUUCUUGGCCUGCUUGUGGUUUCUAUUUAAUGAAGCCAAGUAGUAGAAGGUGCGGGCAAGUCAAGCUGAAAUCAAAGAAAAGUCGCGCCUGUCGGCGUCGAGAUAAAGCCGUCGUGGCAGUCGCGGCCACAGCAGAAGCUACAACAACGGCGUCGCAGAACUAAGAACUGUUAAACUAGGUUGCGCGCUAAUUAGUAACGGUAGUCUUGGGAGCUCUGUCAUGAAUGCAUAGUAUACACACACAAACACACCAGCACACCAAUACACACACCCAGACAUACAACAAUGAAAGUUGACUCAACAAUAAACCGCGUUGAAGGCGCAGAGAGCAAAAAAUCGCACAGCGAAUUGUAAAAGAUGCAAAUGAACAAAAGUUUAAGCACAAAGUUAUGCAAAAAAUAGCAGGCGGCGACGAGUAAAAAAGAAUAACGGACCGAAGCGCGCAAAACGCAUUCAUUUAAAAAUGAUUUUGUUUAUCUGCCACACCCACAGCAGGGGCGCGUAUUUCAUUUUAUAAUUAAGCCGUACAGCCCAGCCCAGCCAUUGUUAUUGCCAUUACUGCUGCUUUUGUGGCUUUUAUGCUGUGUGGCAGAUAAAGGUACAUACAUAUAUACAUACAUGUAUACAAGAGUAUGUAUGUAUAUGUUUAUUAUAAAUAACUAUGUAAUUAAUUUCAACAGCCGCACAGCAAACUUUUUAAACCACAACGAUACAAGUAUAGUCGUCUCUGGCUCCCAACGAGAGCGAACAAUUUCUGUUGCCUACUUUUCGGCUGCGCUUGAAAAGCGCAUUAACAUCGAAGCCUCGAGCUCUCGGGCAUAAGUACUUAAAGUACUUAAAAUGCUUACAUUAGCUUGCCUAAUGCAGUCAUAUGUUGGCUAUAAAUAUAUAUAUAUGUGUGUGUGAGUGUGUGCGUGUCGAUUGGCCAAUGUAAUGGCUGGCAAGCACUCACUGGCUGCGGCGUUGAGGCGUGGCGAAUGGCUUUACUUUUUAUUGAUUUCUAGUCGUGAACACUUACUCGCCUUUUCCUUUUUUUUUUUUUUUGAUUCAGUCUCUUGCCCCUUUCAUUUUUUUUUUUUGUUUUGGCACACCGCACAGUUUAUUGUUUUCUUUUGAGCUUCGGUCGACCGACCAUGGACAGCACUUGAACAGUGAAAUAUACACACUUGACCCCGUUCGCUACGACUGCGACUGCGACUGUAUGUGAGCUUUCACAAUAGGCUUGGCCAUUUGGGAUGGCGGGUCGGCUACCUCUUCCCACUCCCCCAAAAAGCAUUUAAAUUGACAGCGUGUGCUGAGCAGGAAAAACUUCAAAGUGUGGUUACAUUUUUCGCAAGGAACCCUCAAACCACUUGCUCUGAGUGCUGGCCUGCGUGUGCUCAAGUGCGGGCAGGAAAUUUAAGUUUUGAUCAAAAUUCGCUAGAAACACACAUGCACACAUACAUACAGGCUUAUAUUUACGAGUAGAUAUGUACUCGUAUAUUGAUGUGUGCAAAGUUUUUGCCACAAAGAUUUGAUAUUCAUUUAAUUGCAACCCUACGCAUGUUUGCAUUUGGGAGCGGGCUAAAUUACAAUUUCUAAGGAAUUUCACAAUUAAAAGUUUGUGCUGCAAAGUGCUUGGCUAACAUUUCAGCAAUUAAUACUCUGUGUUUAUGCUUCUGUUUACAUCUUAAAUAAAAGCCGGCAAUUUGUAUACUCGUAUG